GUUUACUCUGAGAGCUGGUGGGUACAGAGAUCAUUUCAUGUGGACAUGAGAGGACAGAGAGACCUGCAGUGGAUUUUACAUUAUUGACCAAUCAGGAGUGACAACGAUGACAGCGUCAGUCGUCCGCUCUCCCGUGUUUCACCCGGUGUUCAUGGGUUUCCUGGCUCUGUCGAGCUUGGAGGGAGUGUUCACCUGUCGUCUAGGGACCCCAGAAGAAUGCGCCAAUUGUUCCUUUGUGCCUGGCUACAAACUGGCUGGGAUGGGCUAUGAUGUUGUAACACUGAGACAAAAACGGGCCUCUGUGUUUGAUGUCAACAGUUACGUGGCUAACUCCUGCAUGGUAUGUGUGAACCCACUAAUGGGAGGUGAGCUUCAGAAACUCCCCUUGCAUAUGAAGGACUGGCGGGCCGAAAGUGACUGCAAGAGGAAGACUCUGAGUUCCUAUUACUACUCUGUCAGCUCUCUGGUGGAUGAUAUAGCCUUCUUUAUAGAGAAUGACUGGAAGGCCGGGCUAAAGCUGGAGAAUGUAGACCUGCAGUUAGCAGGCAGCAAGUCCAAGGUGUACGGCUUUGCAUCCGCACACUCAAAUGCAGACAAGUCUUCCUUCUCAUUUCAACAAUUUACCUGCUCUGUCUACAGUUUCAGUGUACCCAGUAAACCCCCACUUAGCCUGGAUUUCCAGCGACGCAUAGCUUCUCUGCCACACCACUACACAUCCAACAGUGAGGCGUACAAGGACAUCAUUGAUACCUACGGAACCCACUACAUCAGUGAUGGAGACCUCGGCGGGAUGAUGAAGAGGGUGACUAGCAUUCGCACCUGUUUGGCAGCUCUAAACAAGGUUUUUGUGUCCGACGUAGAAACAUGUCUGAGUAUGGGGUUGGACUUGGACAUACCUGUCGGACUGCCCGUAGACUUAGGGCUAAACCUUUUGGGUGGACAAUGUUCGAAGGUCGCUACCAACUCUGACAGUGCAACAGGGUACAGCAUGGGCUUCUUAAGUCACCACACGGAAGUGAACGGUGGGAGAACCUUAAAUGGAGUUGCUUCUAUGAGAAAAGCUAAUAUAGAUAGUUUCUUAAAAUGGAUAAAAAGCCUAAAUGAGUUUCCGGAAAUGGUAUCCUUCUCCCUGCAGCCUCUAUAUCAACUGGUUGAUGACAAACAGACGAGCGCUGAUCUACAAACAGCUAUUAGUCAGUAUGUGAUCGACAACGGGAUUAAGAGAAUAAAGACAGAGAAUCAAGCAUGCAGGGAUUCACCUGACCUCUCUGCUGAUUGCUGCCCCCUGUUGGCAGGGAGAGGCAAACUAACAGUCUUUGUGGACCGUGGGUUUAGUCUGAGGGGUGAUGGGAUGGCCGAACCAGAGGGUUACGUCAAACUGUGGUGUUCAGGUCAGCACAGGCAGACCCGCUGGAUCACUACCUAUGAUCCACUUUGGCAUACACAUUUCAACUUUAACUAUGUAAACACCCAGUCCUCUCUGGAGCUCCAGGUGUGGGAUAAGGACCCAGGGGAACGUGACGAUGACCUCCAGGGUGGAUGCUCUGUAAUCCUGGAGCAGGGGAGCCACGGGCAUAGCUGUGGACUCAGUAAUGGUCUGUAAACCUGGAGCAGGGGAGCCACGGGCAUAGCUGUGGACUCAGUAAUGGGAGUUUCACAUUCUCUUACACAUUAACUUGUGACAAACACCUGACUGGUGAUAAAUGUGACCAAACUAGAGGGGAAAUCAGUUGUGACCUAUUGCAUUGGAAUUAGGGUGUUAUAUAAUAUUACUGAAUCAUUUAAAAAAAGAAAACCUUGAAGAACAUCCUACGAUUCAUGAAAAUGAAUGAAUAUACUUUUGUAAUUAUACAUUGUAACCACAACAAGUGUAAUGUUACCCACAGUUCACUGUGUAACGAGUUGAGGACAGCCCAAAUUCAUAUCUCCAACCAAGUUAAAUCACUCUGUAACAUACACUGAACAAAAAUAUAAAUGCAACAUGCGAGUUUACUGAGUUUACAGAUCAUAGGAAAUCAGUCAAUUUAAGUAUUCAUUAGGCACUAAUCUAUGGAUUUCACAUGACUGGGAAUAUAGAUAUGUUUCUGUUGGUCACAGAUACGUUUAAAAAAAAAACAAGUAGGGACCUGGAUCAGAAAAUCCGUCAGUAUUUGGUGUGACUACUAUUUGCCUCAUACAGUGCGACACAUCUUCUUCACAUAGUGUUGAUCAGGCUGCUGAUUGUGGCCUGUGGAAUGUUCUCCCAAUCCUCUGCAAUGGCUGUGUGAAGUUGCUGGAUAUUGGCAGGAACUGGAACACGCUGUUGUACAUGUCAAUCCAGAGCACCCUAAACAUUCUCAACGGGUGACAUGUCUGGUGAGUAUGAAGUCCAUGGAAGAACUGGGACUUUUUCAGCUUCCAGGAAUUGUGUACAGAUCCGUGCGACAUGGGUCUGUGCAUUAUCAUGCUGAAACAUGAGGUGUUGGCAACGGAUCAAUUGUCAGACCCUGACCUUAGUGUUCUUUGUUUUCCUUGUUAUUUUGGUUAGGUCAGGGUGUGACAUGGGUGAUGUAUGUGUCUUGUCUUGUCUAGGGGUUUUGUAUGUUUAUGGGGCUGUAUCCUUUCUAGGUGUUUAUGUAAGUCUAUGGUUGCCUAGAUUGGUUCUCAAUUAGAGGAAGGUGCUUAAUCGUUGUCUCUGAUUGGGAACCAUAUUUAGGCAGCCAUGUUCUUUGGGUAUUUUGUGGGUGAUUCUGUCUUUGUGUCUAUGCACCAGAUAGGACUGUUUUGGGUUUUUCACAUUUGUUAUUUUGGUAUUUCGUAGUGUUCACGUUUAUGGUCUUUAUUGUCUAACCACGCUGCGCUUUGGUCCUCUCCUUCGUCCACAGAAGAAAGCCGUUACAUGAAUGGCACGAUACUGUGCCACAGGAUCUCAUCACGGUAUCUCUGUGCAUUCAAAUUGCCAUUGAUAAAAUGCAGUUGUGUUUGUUGCCCAUACCACAACCCCACCGCCACCAUGAGGCACUCUGUUCACAACGUUGACAUCAGCAAACCGCUCGCACACACGACAUCAUACACACCGUCUACCAUCUGCCCGGUACAGUUAAACCAGGAUUCGGCUGUGAUGAACACACUUCUCCAGCUUGCCGGUGGCCAUCAAAGGUGAGCAUUUGUCCACUGAAGUUGGUUCCGCAGUUGGUUACGACGAGGAACAGCAGUCCGGUUAAAACCCUUGUGAGGACGAUGAGCACGCAGAUGAGAUUCCCUGAGAUGGUUUCUGACAAUUUGUUUCAUCAACUGUCAGGGUCGCUGGUCUCAGAUGAUCCCUCAGGUGAAGAAGACGGAUGUGGAGGUCCUGGGCUGGCGUGGUUACCUGUGGUCGGUCUGUGGUUGUGAGGCCGGUUGGCCAUACUGACAAAUUCUCGGCUUAUGGUUGACAAAUGAACAUUCAAUUCUCUGGAAACAGCUCUGGUGGACUUUUUCCACAAUUUGAAACGUUACAGCCUUAUUCUAAAAUGGAUUAAAUCGUCCCGUCCCCCCCGCUCAUCAAUCUACACACAAUAAACACAAUACUCCAUAAUGACAUCACAAUACCCCAUAAUGACAUCACAAUACUCCAUAAUGACAUCAAAACACCCCAUAAUGACAUCACAAUACCCCAUAAUGACAUCACAAUACCCCAUAAUGACAUCACAAUACUCCAUAAGGACAUCACAAUACUCCAUAAUGACAUCACAAUACCCCAUAAUGCCAUCACAAUACUCCAUAAUGACAUCACAAUACCCCAUAAUGGCAUCACAAUACCCCAUAAUGACAUCACAAUACCCCAUAAUGACAUAACAAUACCCCAUAAUGACAUCACAAUACCCCAUAAUGACAUCACAAUACUCCAUAGUGACAUAACAAUACCCCAUAAUGACAUUACAAUACUCCAUAGUGACAUAACAAUACCCCAUAAUGACAUCACAAUACUCCAUAAUGACAAAGAAAAAACAUGAUCGACGAUUUGAUUAACCCUUCUCACUCUAGCUUUCUGUAAACACUGACACACUAUGUCGCGCGUGCUUCCGCUCUUCCUCCCGCUCUUCCAGCCUGCUUGCCCAGCGCCCAUGUCACGGCCGGCUCGCCCAGGCAGGACUCCGGGGGG